CGUCAAGUCCCCCAUUAUACAUGGCUUAAUGCCCAAACAAAUACAUCGUACUCCCUAAGAAAAAUGUUGGGUUUGAGCUCCCAACUAUGUGUCAUCUUUAAAUUAAAAGGCCCAAAUAUUUUUGGAGGAUAAGUCUUCAAUGCAUUUUUGUCCACAUAUUUUUGAGAGUAAAAGUUUGGCAGCUGUCCAGUACCACAACACGGAUAUUCACGCACAAAAAGAGAGUAAAACAGCCGCAAGAAGUGAGAUAGCCGCUGCCAUUUUCAGAAAAACGCAGACCUGGUUUUUUGGUCGAUUGGAGGUCCAAAUCUUGUCCGAUCGAGCUGAAAUUUUAGGAGGAGUCUAAGGACUCGUGGAGCUUCAAUCUGAACGGUGGAGAUCGAAUUUCAACGGUUCAAUCUCAAGUUAUGAGCUUCGCACCAGCUGCUGUUUUUUUGGUGAUUUCUUGCACUUUUGUUCCUCUAUUUUGAUUCUAGUGCCUUCGUAGUAUUGUUAAGGGCUAGAUAUCAUUGUGGUGCUGUUAUAUUGUGCAUUUGUACUCUCAAUUUGGUGGUAGUGGAGUUGGUUGGACCGAAGGGUCUUGUGGUUUUUUACUCUUUCACGUUGAAAGGGUUUUCCACGUUAAAAUCUCGUGCCUCAUAUCGCUUUAUUUUUCGUGCUUGAUUAUCUUGUUGCUUGGUGUUCUUUGGUGUGUUUGUUUGUUGCUCCUCACAGAUUCAUUCAAGAGGGAAAGGUGUUGAUCUUGGGCACUACACAUUCAUUUGUGUUCUUGCUUUCCCAACAAGUGGUAUCAGAGCAACUAGAGUUAUCUGUUAUUUGUCUUGAUUGAAUGAUGGAGCCAAAUUACAGCAGGAUGAUCAGUUUGAAUGGCACAAAUUAUCACAAAUGGAAGGGUAAAAUGAAGGAUUUACUCUUUGUGAAAAAGCUGCAUCUACCGGUGUUUUCUACUCAGAAGCCAGAGUCAAAAAGUGAUGAAGAGUGGGCUUUUGAACAUGAAAUGGUUUGUGGUUUCAUUCGUCAGUGGGUAGAUGAUAAUGUGCUGAAUCACAUCUACAAUGAAUCUCAUGCUAGAACUCUGUGGGACAAGCUUGAAUCCUUGUAUGCAUCAAAAACAGGGAAUAACAAGCUAUACUUGCUUAGGCAAGCUAUGAAUCUGAGAUUCAAGGAAGGUUCUUCUAUUUCUGACCGCUUGAAUGAAUUUCAAGGGUGUUUUGAUCAGUUGUCAGACAUGGGCGUAAAGUUCGAGGAUGAGAUUUUGGGGCUUUGGUUGCUGAAUACUUUGCCUGAUUCUUGGGAAAAUCUUCGUGUGUCUUUGAUUAGUUCUGCUCCCGGUGGUACAGUAACUAUGGAGUAUGUCAAAGCUGCCGUUCUGAAUGAAGAAGUGAGACGUAGAACUCAUGAGACAUCUACUUCAAAAUCCGAUGUCUUGGUUACUGAAAAUAGGGGAGAAGUAAAAACAGAGAUCAUGGAGAAAUCAAAAAGGGCAAGAGCAGGAGCAAGUCCAGAUCAAAAUACCAAAAUGUUGAGUGCCAUUAUUGUCAUAAAAAGGGGCACUUGAUGAAAAACUGCUUCAAGCUGAAGAACAAAGACAAGAAUAAGCCAGAAGGGAAAGAUGGUGAAAAUGAUCGCCAUGUUGCAGCCACGACUUCAAGUGAUCUGAUAGUUGUUUCUGAUAACGACUUGAUUAAUGUUGCCUCUGAUGAAUCAAGUUGGGUUAUCGAUAGUGGUGCCGCUUUCCAUGUGACGUCAAGGAAAGAUUUCUUCACAUCUUAUACUCCAGGUGAUUAUGGGGUAUUGAAGAUGGGUAAUGAUGGUCGUUCACAAGUUGUUGGCAUUGGAGUUGUGGUCCUGGAAACCAAAACUGGGAUGAAGUUAGUGUUGAAGAAUGUUCGACAUGCACCAGAUAUUCGCUUGAAUCUGAUAUCUACUAGUGUCUUGGAUGAUGAAGGUUAUGUGAGUACCUUUGGUGAUGGGCAAUGCAAACUCACUAAGGGUUCUCUUAUUGUGGCUCGUGGGAAGAAGUGUUCAGGUUUAUACUGGACCAAUGCUUCAGUCUCUGUUGAUUCUGUCAAUGCAGUCGAGAGUGAUAGUUCUUCAGAAUUAUGGCAUAGAAGACUCAGUCACAUCAGCGAGAAGGGUCUUGAUUGUUUAGCCAAGAAGAAUGUUCUGUCAGGAGUGAAGGAUGCAAAUUUAAAAAGGUGCAGUCACUGCUUGGCUGGGAAACAGAACAGGGACGAGAGAUCCAAAUUAGAUGUCAAGACGAGACAGUGCAUCUUUGUUGGCUAUGGUCAUGAUGAAUUUGGCUAUAGACUUUAUGAUCCUGUUGAGAAGAAGCUUGUCAGAAGCCGUGAUGUUAUCUUUAUGGAGGAUCAGAAUAUUGAAGAUAUUCAGAAGAUGGAGAAGUCAGAGUCUCAAAGUUAUGAUGAUCUUGUUGAUUUGAAUCCAACUCCCAUGGCUCAUACGCCCAAUGCUACCAAUGGAGAUCUGAAUGAUGAUAACAGUCAUGUUCCACAUGAUUUUAUCGAUGGUAAUGUUGAAGAAGAAUCAAAUGAGGUACAUAAUCAACCUCAUGUUGAUAACAAUUCACCUACAGUUGCUCUCAGGAGGUCUACAAGGGAAAGAAUUCCCUCUACUCGUUAUUCUACUAAUGAGUAUGUGCUCCUUACUGACGGGGGAGAACCUGAGUGUUAUGAAGAGGCUAUGGAGAACGAGGAUAAGGAGAAAUGGGGGAAGUUUGAAACUUGUUGUUUGAUUGCCGGUUUGGCAACCACCUCCACAUAGUCGGGAGGGGGGAGAUUUGUUGGGUUUGGGCUCCCAACUAUGUGUCAUCUUUAAAUUAAAAGGCCCAAAUAUUUUUGGAGGAUAAGUCUUCAAUGCAUUUUUGUCCACAUAUUUUUGAGAGUAAAAGUUUGGCAGCUGUCCAGUACCACAACACGGAUAUUCACGCACAAAAAGAGAGUAAAACAGCCGCAAGAAGUGAGAUAGCCGCUGCCAUUUUCAGAAAAACGCAGACCUGGUUUUUUGGUCGAUUGGAGGUCCAAAUCUUGUCCGAUCGAGCUGAAAUUUUAGGAGGAGUCUAAGGACUCGUGGAGCUUCAAUCUGAACGGUGGAGAUCGAAUUUCAACGGUUCAAUCUCAAGUUAUGAGCUUCGCACCAGCUGCUGUUUUUUUGGCGAUUUCUUGCACUUUUGUUCCUCUAUUUUGAUUCUAGUGCCUUCGUAGUGUUGUUAAGGGCUAGAUAUCAUUGUGGUGCUGUUAUAUUGUGCAUUUGUACUCUCAAUUUGGUGGUAGUGGAGUUGGUUGGACUGAAGGGUCUCGUGGUUUUUUACUCUUUCACGUUGAAAGGGUUUUCCACGUUAAAAUCUCGUGCCUCAUAUCGCUUUAUUUUUCGUGCUUGGAUUAUCUUGUUGCUUGGUGUUCUUUGGUGUGUUUGUUUGUUGCUCCUCACAGAUUCAUUCAAGAGGGAAAGGUGUUGAUCUUGGGCACUACACAUUCAUUU